AGCUAUCAGCAUCCUGUAGUUUUCUUUCACAACAUGAAUUCCAAGAUGUCAAAGUUUGCAGCAGUUCUUGUGCUGGUGCUCUGCCUGAUUUGCAGCAGCUCUACGGCUAAGUCUAAGUCAUCAGGGGGCAAAACGCAGAAACUCCAAGUAGGAUAUUACGCUAAGACGUGCCCGUAUGCAGAGAUCAUUGUCAGGCAGGCUGUCGAAAAAGCCGUGUCCAAGAAUCCUGGAAUUGCCGCUGGCCUCAUCAGGAUGCAUUUCCAUGAUUGCUUUGUCAGGGGUUGUGAUGGUUCCGUGCUGUUGGAUUCGGUGCCUGGAAAGCCAGCUGCGGAGAAAGCUAGCCCUAUUAAUUUCCCCAGUCUCCGAGGUUUCGAGGUGAUAGACGAGGCAAAGGCCCUGAUCGAAGCUAAAUGCCCUGGGACCGUGUCUUGUGCAGACAUUCUAGCCUUUGCUGCUCGAGACAGCGCCCUGAAAGUAGGGUGGAUUGGGUACGACGUGCCAUCAGGGCGUCGGGACGGGCGUGUUUCUCUUAGCUCUGAAGUUGUGCAAAACCUUCCACCUCCAUUCUUCACAGCCAGCCAACUGAGGGACAACUUCAAGAGAAAAGGGCUUUCACUUGACGAAAUGGUGACGCUCUCUGGUGCUCAUUCCAUCGGUGUUUCUCACUGCUCUUCCUUCUCCAACAGGCUCUCAGGGUUCAAUGCAACAUUUAAUCAGGACCCUUCUCUGGACCCUGGAUUUGCUGCAUUCUUGAAAAGUAGAUGCCCGGCUCCUGGUUCUAGCAACAGCGAUCCUGUGGUGAACAACGAUGUUCUAACACCUAAUCAGUUGGACAACAAGUACUAUGUGAAUCUGAAGAAUCAUAAGGGGCUCUUAACCUCAGAUCAAACAUUGUUUGAUAGUCCAUUGACGAGCAAGCUGGUGGUGAACAAUGUUAAGUACGGGUCGGUUUGGGCAAAGAAGUUUGCUGCUGCAAUGGUGCAUAUGGGAUCCAUUGAUGUGCUGACAGGAAAGAAGGGAGAGAUCAGAAGGAACUGCCGUGUCGUGAACUGAUGAUGGUUUUGGCUGCUGUUUCAAUUUUAUUCUUUUAUAAUUAUUCAUAUGGUGGGCUGCAGACAUUGGAAAAUAGUUGCAGAAAUAAAGAAGUGGUGAACAUGUUUUCCUUGUAUGAUUUGUUCAAAUUAACUUGUAAACAGGUCCUUUUCGUGUGACUCCAAGGAUGAAUGAAAACUGUACAUCGUACUUGGUCUUUUGUUCUA